AUGACUGCAGAAUUAGUAAUAAACGACUCAUUCCGUGAUUAUAAUGCAAUCAAAAUAAGCAUCUCGAUUUGGCGAGUUCGAAAAGGAGGGCACCACGAAAAGUUUGGUUCUCUUCACAACGAAAAUUACUUGAUGUCUUUGGAAUUGAUAGCUGAAUUCCAUCCAUUUUUGGCUGACCAUAUUUCUAGAUUCGGAAAUAAAGGCAUCGGUAGUACUAGUUAUGUGUCAAAAACCAUCUGCGAGGAGUUUAUUCAAAUCUUGGCUAGCAAGGUAAUGAACGUGAAGACUUUAACUAUUUCGAAAAAAAAAGCAUUUGAUUUUUCAAUCAACCAAGAGUACAAAACCCUUGUCAGCAGAGUGAGACGUAGAAAAACUAUGACGACGAAACAAGAACCGGAGAGCGAAAGAUGCUCGAAACAUGAGAAAAUCAACGAAAAAUUAUCUGUUCUCAUUGACUUGGAAAAUUUGGAUAAUGUUCAUAUACGGGAAAAAGCAAAAAACUUACAAGAAGCGUUCAGUCAAGAUUUAGAAACUUCAAGAGUUGAUGAACUUAUCCAUUUUAAACCCUAUCUCAUAUAG